CUAAAAUAUGCUUAAAUGUCCAUUUGCUUUGAAUUUUCUGUAUCUUUUGCCCUACUUUAUUUGGAAGUAGACUAACUUUGAACUUUCGCUUGCUGCAUGGACCUUUCAUUAUUAAGAAAGACAGCAUGCAUAUCAAUGGUUUUAAUGAAAUCAAUAAAUGGUAUCUAUCUAUCCGAAUAAUCGCAAAUGAAAGUCACAAAGAUUCUUUCCCUCCAAACUCGUGUAGUAUCCUCGACCGCCUCGAGUUGUAACAGGGGGACAACUGUUUGGUUUUGGCCCUCUGACGUCAUAUCCAUUCCCACAAUGCCAUAGUAACACGACUGCGCACUCGCGCUCGUGGACGCGCACCAGCAGACAGCCCAUCACACACAGAGCGAACAUGGCGGGCGCCUCCGACCCUCUGGAAGACAUGCUCUUCUCCGAGGUGGACGAGAAAGCCGUGAGCGAUCUAGUGGGCUCGCUGGAGUCUCAGCUGGUGGGCCAGAGCGACCCGCCCGCCGCGCAGCCCGAGAACACUCGCCCGGGCAGCGCGAAGCAGCAGCAGCAGCAGCAGGCAGGAGGAAGAGCGCAGCUGCCUGCUCAUGUAGACUCUCCAUCAGAACCACAACAACAAGCACAGCAGCAGCAGAACGCGCGGAAAGCGGCGCGCAACCCGGAUUCCGACCCGAAAGACGCCAGCAUGGAUAAGCACGCCAAAGCCCUGGAGAAGGAGAGCCCUCUGAAGUCACAUGGCAGCAUCAUCAUCAUCACUACGGCUGCAGCAUCCGACGGGGCAUCCGCUCCUGCACCGGGCAACAAAGGUGAGAGCCCGAGGGACACCCGCAAGAAACACCCGGCGAACGCGCGCGCACGGCGCACCUCAGCGUCCCACAGUCUCAACGGCAACGGAGGCGGCGCAACAUCAGCAUCAGCAUCACCCAGCACCUCCAGCCCGAGCAGCACGACUUUCACCGUGCCCAGUAACCCGCAGGCGAUCGCCCUGGACCGCGGGACGCCCACCAUAGCGCUCCACCGACUCCCGCGUCACAUCAUCGCCAGCAUCGCGCAGAAUGGAAACGGCACGUCCGUGUCCGCGCUGGUCCAGCAGGGCGCGCGGAUCGGAGCGGCGGGCGCGCAGGUUAACCACAGCAAAUCACCCGGGAACAACGCGAAAGCCCCGCCGACCUCGUCGCCUCCCGCUGCGGCCACAGCAGCGCCUGUCAAACCCGCUGUCACUGUCAGUGCGGCUCCGGUCAUCAGACCUGCGCAGACGCAGCCGCAGCCGCCUGCGCAACAGAGGGUCGUAACGCCGCAGCUGAUCGUCAGACCACCGCAACAACAAACUACUAUACAGCUGCCACCCGGAUUCACCAUCCCUCCAGGUAUGGUGCUGGUCCGGACAGAGAUGGGUCAGCUGGUGAUGGUUCCUCAGCAGGCUUUGGCUCAGGCUCAGGCCCAGAACAGCAUCUCACCGCGGCCCUCCACGCCCACCAGCGUGGCCACCUUCAGGGUCACGACCCCGCAGUCUCCUGUUAGCACUCCGGCGAUUCGUCCCGCUCCUGCGGCUCAAACUAAACUGGUCCAGUCCAGUUCACCGAGCGCUGCGGCCCAGACCAGCACCGCGACCGGCCCUGCUAAGGCCCCCGUGGCAGCCGCCGUGGCAGUGACAGCUCCCCAGCAGGUCCAGCCGGCCUUGGGCCCCCAGGGGCCCCUCACUCAGAUGCCACUGGCCCCGCAGAGCGCAGCCGCCCCGGCCCCCGGAGCUCCGGUUGUCUCCCAGGAGAUGCAGGAAAACGUAAAGAAGUGCAAGAACUUUUUGGCGACGCUGAUCAAGCUGGCGUCCCAUAAUUCCCCUUCCCCAGAGACGUCUCGAAACGUGAAGGCGCUGGUGCAGGAUUUACUGGAUGCAAAGAUCGAUCCGGAGGAGUUCACCAGCCGGCUACAGUCCGAGCUGAAAUCGUCUCCGCAGCCUUACCUGGUCCCUUUCCUGAAGAAAAGUCUCCCUGCGCUGCGUCUGUCUCUCCUGAACAGCCAGCAGUCUCUCACUCAACCUCUACAGCCCAACAAAACCAGCGUGACGCCGGUCCAGACGGGUGUCAGUGUGCGUCCACACCAGCCCAACAGCACCGCUGUACUGCCACAAGGUAUCAAGAGGGCAGCGGGUCCUGGAGGUCAGAUACGGAUGCCCGUGGUCAUCACGCAGACGGUGCGAGCGACUGGUACUUUAGGGAAGCCUGCAGCUUUCCAGACAGGCAAAAGCCCUGCGGGCGUCUCCAUACAGCUCUCAGGAAACCAGAAAAACAAGCUGAAUGACCCGGGGGGAGGCUCGUUCAGAGACGAUGAUGACAUUAACGAUGUGGCGUCUAUGGCUGGCGUGAACCUCAACGAAGAGAGCGCUCGUAUUCUAGCGACCAACUCUGAGCUGGUGGGGACGCAGAUCCGCUCCUGUAAAGACGAGGCCUUCCUGCCCACAGGUCUGUUACACCGGCGGAUACUGGAAACAGCUAAGAAGUUUGGAGUGACGGACGUACCGCUGGAGGCAGUGAACUUCAUUUCUCACGCCACCCAGUCCAGAUUACGGACGGUGCUGGAGAAAGUUUCCUCCAUCGCCCAGCACAGAAUGGACUCGUGUAAGGAAGACGAGUGGUACGAGCAGUCGUCUGACGCGCGCUCGCAGCUCAAGUUUUUUGAGCAGUUGGAACGGAUGGAAAAGCAGAGGAAAGACGAGCGAGAGCGAGAGAUUCUCCUCCGAGCGGCGAAGAGUCGCUCGCGGCAAGAAGAUCCAGAACAAGCCCGUCUGAAGCAGAAAGCAAAGGAGAUGCAGCAGCAGGAACUCGCCCAAAUGAGACAACGAGACGCCAAUCUGACGGCACUCGCCGCCAUCGGCCCUCGGAAAAAACGCAAGGUGGACUCACCGGGAGCUACGACCACAGGCGUCGAGGUGUCGGGGAGUUCGGCAGGUUCUCCGGCCGGAUCGUCGGCCUCCUCCAGCUCGUCACGGCAGUAUUCCCGCCAGAGAAUAACACGUGUCAAUCUCAGGGACUUCAUCUUCUACAUGGAGCAGGAGAGAGAGACGAGCAGAUCUCUCUUACUGUACCGCGCUCUCCUGAAGUAGUGAACACUAAGCGAACGCUAAGCGAACUCUUCACACUACAGAGGAAUCAGCAGCCAAACGACCCGAGCAGACGUUCACUUCCUUCUCAGCCCUGCGACGUGCCUUCAGCCCCAUUCAGUAUCUGUGACCUUGUGAUGUCAGCGUUGCUUUUGAUAGAAAAAGGUUUGGGAAAAAAAGAGAAAAAAACCAAGAUGUACUUCACGUUUCCUGUUUUCUCCUCAACGUUAUUAGGUAAAUUGUAUUUAUGAUAGUGAAUUUUAAGGCUUGUGUCUCCGGCUUUGAGCCGAGAAGCGUUUGUUUGUUUGUUUGUUUUUGUGUAUGAAUGAAUCUGACGCUGCAAAUAUCACUUUCUUCAUCAGCAUUUUUACUGCGUUUUACAGUAAAAAAAAAUUCUAAAAAGGUGAAACGUGUUUUGAAUUAAUUACGGUUCUGAGGUCAUACCUGCACCACUCUAUAGUGACGCAUAUCCUAGUUAAACAAAGAACAAAUGUAGGGCGGGGCUUGAUUUUGUCUGUGGGGAAUUGAUUGGAUGGUUGUGGUUUGCUAUUGGUGGAACUCAUGUGAGUGACAGGUUGCCCCGCCCUCGUCAUCAGAGAAGAGAAGAGAUGCUGCAAGACGGAGGAGAAGAUAUUCUGAUUCAAGAUUAUGAGGAACAUGAGUUUAAAACAAUAAUGAUGUGCACAAAUAAAUACUGCAAUAUUCUAUAAUAAAAUAAUAAUUUGAAAAAUUUGAUUUCAUAGUGACUUCGAAAUAAGCUUCGCUACAUUUCGUUUGGUUAUACUUAGAACAAGAAUAUCGUAAUAUUUCAUGCAUUUUUGCAUAUUUUUUGCUGUAAAACAAGCCCGAAAUCCUGAUGAAGUUGGUGUUUUUUGCAGUGCAGAUGUCAUUCUGCUGUAUAUUCAACACGGAGCGCUUACAGUGAACGAUCUUUGAGACGAAACGCCUUGAAGUGAUCGAUGUACUUUUCUGUUAAAGAAUCGUUGUUCUCUAAACCUUAUGCAGACUUUCCCAAACAUCAUCAUCAGUGUCAAACCACAUGACAAGAAAUGAUUUAUUUAGUAUUUUUGUCUUGUUUUUCAUUACAAAUAUCUAAAAAAAUCUCAAAUGAAGAUUUACUUAGGAAGGAAAAUGACUUCAUUCUUACAGAAAACAACACUUAAUAUCUUAUCAAAAAUUAUGUUUAUCUUGUUUUUUGCUCUUGUUUUAAGCAUAAACACUUAUUUUUAAUAAAUUUUUAAGUAAACAAGACUUAAUAUCUUCAGUCAUUUUGCUUCUCCAGUAAAUGUAUCUUGAUUUAAGAAUGUUUAGAUAUUUGUACUGGAAAACAAGACAAAAAUACUGAGGAAGAAAAUCAUUUUUGUUGUGCAAUGCAGUGCAAUCACAGUAUUUAACACCCCACAAAAAGCUGAAUUUAUCAACUAAAACUCUUUUCGAAACCUUUAUCAGCGAGACUUUAAUGUAAAUAGACUUUUUGAUGAAUAUUGUUUUUAAAAGCAUGUAUAAAUGACUUCCACAUGAUAUUUUAGCAACAAAAUAACGCUUUAAACUCAAGUCUGCAUCGAGGAAUGAAACGUUCCUUCUGAAUCAUUUGAAUCGAUCAUGAAGCUUCAGUCUGUCAUUGUGAUUUGUGUCCCUUUAAUAUGUGUCCGUGAGGAGCACGAAUCCAAAAUCAGGCCAGCAGAGAUCCGAACUAUAGCAAUACAACACGCAAACACUUCAUGUUCCUGUGUCUGUUUGACUUCUGUAAUGUGAUGAUGUUGAAACAUGAUAUUCAAUGAGAAAAGAAAGAAAUCAUUCCGUCUUGAAAGCAGCAGUACAUUAUGAAGACAAACAGUUGUACUUGGGACUAACGUGCACUGAUGAAUCAAUUACAAUAAGACCAGGAGCAUGUAUUAUGAAAGUAUUAGAGCUUCAUUUUGAUUUCAUGUUUUCAUUUUUGGCGCUGUAUGGAGUGUAAAACUGGAUUUCACUGCCCUUGACUGUGUUUCAAGCCGAUUCUACCUGUUUAGUGAUGUUUAAUCUCACUCAGCAUUUUCGCACUGCAAAAAAUUAUUUCCUUCCUCAGUAUUUUUGUCUUGUUUUCCAGUACAAUCAUCUAAACAUUCUUAAAUCAAGAUACAUUUACUGGAGAAGAUAUUAAGUCUUCUUUUCUGAAAUUAUUACUUUUUUGUUAGAGUUGCCAGCCAGCGCCAGCAUUUUUGAUAAUUUUCACAAAAAUUUCAUGGCCUCCAGAAUAUUUUGUUGUAUGAAUAUCUGAACAUACAAUAUAUCAAAAGAAGAUCAUGUUAUUUUACAUGUGCAUCAGAAAUGCUUCGAUCGCUUGUUUCUGCUUCUGCUUCACCUGUGUUUUGAUCUGGAGAUUCUGAACUCUGUCAGAAGAUGCGUAAUAGCGCCCCUGAAUGUAUAACAGUCAAAACAUGGAUUGCCAAAAAAUUCCAUCAAUGGCGGGAAAAAAGUACGG